AGCAAAAUGUCGCACGGUUUUGCGCUCCCAAAAUUGCCCGCUCGAUGCAGAUAUAUCAUAUGUGAUGCAUCAUUGCCGUGCAGUUAUUUGAUGUUUGUUAAGGUUCAAAGUUCGAUUUUUUUAAGCGUGUGUCACAGAUUUCCUUCGCUGAUAUCUUCAUAACUGAAUUUUGAGCCUAACUAUUAUCACUCUUGCUUCUUCUUCGUUUGGAAUGACCGUUGUGCUUGGCAAGGACUGGGGGACCAGCUGGAUUUGCAAUUAAUGUUGGAUGUCCGAUGGCUUCGGUUGGAGGAGACUGCGUUGCGACAUACAAUGGUAAAAUGACGGAAAGCUUGGAAAGGAUUGUUUUUGCUGAUGAGUCGCUUUCGGACGAUAACAAGCGCCAUGUUGAGCCAUUCUUGCGAGGCCACUUCGAUCCGCAAGAAUACUCUCGUGAAGUACUGCAUAAUUCCUCUGUAUCCUUGGCCGAGCACCUUUCUACGAUCGACAGUACAAUAUCCAUCCUCGACAGCAGUCUGAAAGGGCGCGUGGUCGACGAUCACGAAGCGCUGACCAGCAACAUUGUGGCACUGGACGGACUGGAAGCGUCGCUCAUCGAUCUGGAAGCAGCUACCAGUGCGAUUUUGGAAAGCACUGGCCACAGCCUGACGUCCUUCAGGAAACUGUAUGAUAACUAUUCCGCCCGUUUGGUGGAAUGUGAGCGUACCAAGAGUGCGCUGGAUUUAUUGCGAAAAGUCAGCAAAGUGACGGCGACAGCGCAGACACUGCGUGCAUCUCUCGCCAGUGAUCGUUUGGAGUUCUCCAAAGCAGCUGUCGCGGUUCACGAUCUUGGAGGAGUUUGUGAUGAUCCAGAACUGCGCAACGUCGUAGCGCUGAAUGAAGACCUGCCGUUCGUGGAAAAUAUUGUGAGAAAUCUCCCGGUGAUGUUGACACACAGCCUCUCCGAAGGACUGGAAAAACAGGAUUUGUCGUUGAUUGCGGAGAUUGUCGAUGCAUCGCUUUUGCUUAAGCUGUCUGCACAGCUGCUGGAAGAGUUGACACAAAAGUUAUUGGAUGGUUUCCGUACCCAGAUUGAGGAAGGAUUAAACAUUCAUCUUUUGGCGAAAUCCGAUGCGGGGAAGAACACGGGGAAAGUUCCGGGGCGUACCACUCUUCCUUCGGUGCAAACAUCGCCCGCGCUGCGCACGGCAUUCUGGUCGCGCAUGGAUGCCAUUUUCAGUCUUAUAUGUCAGAAUCAAAUUAAAAUUGAACUGCUGGAAUCGGUGUACAUACGUCGUUUUGACGAGUACGUGUUGUAUGUGGUGGAUGCUCCGGAUGUCGAAGAAGGCCGAAUUAGUGAGGGUUUUUUCGUUGCCGCGUUGGAUAUUCUGAAAGCCAGUCUGAUGCGAUGCGGAAAAGAGUCUUCGUUUUUACAGCAGACACUGGAGAACGAAUAUCCGCGUCUCCUGAAAAUGACAAAAGAAUGUCUAGGCCGUUUAAGAAAUGCCAGUUUGUUUUUGGAUUUUUCUCUGGACAACCGAUCCAGCGCUACAUGGCUGUUUCGGAGUGCUGUCGAAUCGUUUCAAGAGUUAUUCAUUUCUCGCUCGCUUUCAAGACUGCUGGAUCCGGUAAAUGUUGGUUUUGCUGAUUCGAAUGUUUGCCCCUCAUCGGAUGACGUGGAAAGCUUGGUACGGGCCAUCACCAAUGAAAUAGUCAUUUGUCCAUCUGAUGAAAUUUUGGGAAUUUUGAUUUGUAACAAUGUGGGCAAGGCUUUGCGGACGACGUACAUCAAGUUGGAUGAGAUGGUUGCGAGUGGUGGUGAAGCAACGCAAAUAAUUGGGGGUUUAACCGUGAAGCAGAAUCGCAAUUUUCAGAUUGUUAACAUUUCCAUUUAUUUGAAAGAACGCUUACAACAACUUCUCGACACAACGUCGGUGGCUCUUCCGGUCAGCGGUAAGACCGCCAUCGUGGACGUACUGACAACCUACGAAGUACCGGUGAAGAGUGUUUUGGGACCUCUAAUGAACUCCAUAUUGGAUUCGGUUGAAGCUAUAUUGUUGACAAUGCAUCAGGAAGACUUUUCACUAGGUGAAGGGGAGGUUGACUCAAAUGAAAUGCUGGACUCGCCAUGUUCCUUGUACAUGCGGGAACUGCAGGAUUUCUUGCAUCGAAUCCAGCAAGUGUUUUUCGCUCCGUUAGACUCCAACAAACCGAUCAUGCGCUCAUUCAUUGUUGCGUUCGCUCAGCGCUGUUUGAAACUGUUCGUGCGUCAUAUCAGCUUAAUCCGUCCGGUUGGCAAACAGGGUCGUUUGAAGUUGGCCACGGACUGCGCCCAGCUGGAAGCCGCUCUGGCCCCAUUGAAUCUCCAUCAUUCCGAGUACGGAAAUGCCCUGCAGAUCCUCAAGGCUAUGCGCCCACUACUCUUCCAGACGCCAGCCCAAAUUGCGCACAGUCCAUACUUGGGAACAGUUAUUCCCUACAGUACAGUGCUGCAUCAUCUGUUUUCCCGAGCUCCGGUGGAGUUGCAGUCACCUUUUCAAGCUUCAGGAUGGUCCGUCAGUAGGUACUGUAGAUAUCUCGAUGAACAUCCAAGGGAAAUGGAACGAUUGAUGAUAAUUAAAGCCAGUUUAGAUAAUUACGCAAAUACCGUGAGAAGCCGGGGUGAGACACAUUAUGCGGUGAUUUAUCCGCUUAUGCGUGAAAUGCUCGGUAAAGCUUUGGAAAUAACACACUCAGAUUCUUAAAUAUUUGUUGUUUACUUUAUAUAUUUUGGUUUGCUUUUUGUAUGCCUUUUUAUAAUUUGUUGUUUUUCACUUCUCGUCAUGGCUGAAAAUGAAAGGAGUCGACUGAAAUGUAUUGUUUUCAAGACAUUCUUGCCGAAAACAUGAUGUUCGGCUGCUCGGUUUUAAAAAUUAUAUAAAUUAUGAUA